AUGAGCACAUCGUUGGUGACAAUUGCCAAUACACUUUCUUCGGAAUGCACGUAUUAUGCCGGUGACCCGGACCUCUUGAAGAGUGAGCGAUAUGCGGAACGCAUCUCUAAAAUGCUGCAGUCAGAGAAGGCAGACCUUCUUGCCGCACGCGUCGCCAUUCACGCUCAGCUGCGGGAUGCCUUCAAGGACGACAGUGUACAGAAGCUGUUGAAGCCAUAUCUUCGUGAAGAUGAAAACUUCCAGACGUUGAUUGAAGACGCCAAGAGUCGCGCCAAAUUCUUCUCGCGGAAACAGCAGGAGCUGCAGGCAGCUGUGAUGGCAAGUGAGGAACAGGUGGCGCUGCGAGAAGCACAUCGCGAGUUGGCCGCAUGGGAGCGUGAGAACGCGGUACUCUUACGGCACCAAAUGUUCAUGUCCUACAAACCCGCCAUGUCACUUCUUCUUGAGAGCGCCGCUACUGUGGCCUUGUACCGUCAGUACGCCGCCCUUGAGGACGGGGGUGACACGAGUGAAAGCAGCAGCGGAGAGGUUCCUGAGCAGCUGGUAAAAAUGGGUGGCGUGCCACUUUUCACCACACAAGCCCCGAACAAGGAGUUUGAGGUGGAUGAGCACACAAAGAUGUUUUCCCAGCAGGUACUGCAGAACAAGCGGGUAGAGUAUGAGGAGAAACGGGCGUUGGUGGUGAAACAACGAAAACGCCUGGAGGAUUGUCCUUCCCUGCAACGCCUACAUGACUUUAUUAACACUCGUAACGAUAUUUUUCGUAAAUAUGGUAUUGACCUGCUUGUAUCCCUCCGUGUACGCCGGGACAAGGCACUUGCCGAGCCAUUUGAAGGGGGCGAGGAUGCAACCGUGUCUGGAUUGCCCCAUACAAACGAGAUUAUGAAAAGCCGCCGUGUGGCACAAUAUUCACUCGCCAAGAUUGUAGAGCAGUGUCAUCAGAAUUAUCUCAGCAUCCUCAUCACGGAGGAUCUGGAUGCCUUGAUGCGGAGUACAGGUCUUGAAAAUCGUGAGGCGCUACAGGGCCUGAAGCCUUUGAAGGAUAUGGAGACAUUCCGCUACUGGUUACUGGCAAGCAUCACCGCGGAUACGCCGCAGAUUGGACCAAAUAAGCUUGUAGGAAAAAAUCCCACUCCCGUCGAUGAGUACAAGAAGCUUUGGCAACCGCAAAAGUCCAGUUAUGUACCCUCAUUGAAUACAUCUCACAGACAGCAGUUUAAAAUUAUGGCGGAGCGACGUGGAUUUCCCCACAUUAUCAUCCUUUCCCCCGUUACCUACACCUACAUGCAAAACAAUGAUCCCAAAACGAUUAUGAAAGGGGAACUGGACUUGAUGGUAUAUGACCAGACCAACGAAAAGGUCCUAUUGAUGAUUGCCAAUUCGAAGGAUGAACGUCGUCCACGGGGUGCUUUCCUUCUUGGGCAGGAAGAACGAUAUCGUUUUGCCGCCGUGAUUCGUGCUGCCAUUGCAAAUGAUAAUGAGUUAUUUGACUUUCAGUGUCAAGGGACGCUAGCGGAGUACUUUUUUGAUACGGAAGCCGGAUCUGAGGAAAAUUAUUACUGCAUUAUGGCCCCGUUUAAGGUCUCUCAGAAGGUUUCACCCGUUAUUCACGUGCCCGUGUCUGCUCUGCGUCCCUUCGCCACCUGUCCGCCACGUUACUUUCUUCUGGGUUCAAACUGGGGCGCCAGCUCGGGCAAUGCGAAGAAUCCAUAUGCCAUUUCCCAUGUUCACUCGGAGUUAAAUGAGGACGCCAUUGUUCUGCAACAAAAUAUCUCCGAGGGGUUCAUCCAAAAAAAUGUGAUGCCGCACCUUAUUACGCGCAGUGAGGGAAUUGAGAUUAUGAAACGGGAACGGGACCAGAGGGCACGUGAGCAACGCGAGUCCAUGUCUGCACGAUCGGGGACACUUUUAUCCUCCGCACGUGGCACCCGCUCGUUGGGGCAGACCCCACGCGACAGUGCUCGUACCCCGCGUCACACGACGACAUACCCCAGUGAUGUCGCCUCCGCUUCGUUGGAGGAGGCUGAGAAGGAGGACGGCAUUCUUCCCGAAGAGGAAGACCCACUCGCCCCUGAACUCCCGGGAGAUGUGUUGCGACCUGUGAGAGAGGCAUUGCUGAACAGGCGCUUCUUGCAACCUGGAUAUCUUCAGCGCCGCUUGAAGGACCAGGAGAUCAAGAAGCUGCCGGCGGUGAAGGACGGCCGACUGCGCACCCCACUCAUGGUGUUUCAUGAAAUAAUGAAGGUAAAACACGGAGAGGAGGAACUGCCUCUCAGUCAACCACAAAGUGCACGUGGCCGAUUGAACAGCAUCAGCGGCAAUAACAAUAAUAAUAGUAACAACGGCAACAAAGGCAGCCCGAGAACCGCCGUGCGCAAUUCCCUUAGUGUCCCUUGA